CUUUACUUUGAAGGCAAUGUAUAUAUACGAGUUUGCAUAGAAUUGAGAAUUAGCAAAGUCCUUGCAUGCAAGGUCGUUAUCCAUGUUGCAACGAAAAGACUUUUAAAUACGAGCCCAUCAAAAAUCCAUUUGGUUGUCACUAUCGAGAGCACAUUCCGUUACUUGAACAUACAGCCGAAAUAGAAAUAUAUAAAGUCAUGCAAAUGUUCCCGUCCUUAACCAUAACCGACCCACCCAYAUUUUUAUCGAAUGGGAUUUCAAAACUUAUGGACGCACAUGGCGAUGUAAAGAGCAACGAUCAAAACAUUACGGCUUGGCCCACUGAAUCUCAUCGGUUCGCUCCGUUUAUCGCUUCAAAUGAAGGCACGUCCAGGAAAUCACAGUUUUGGUGGGAUAAUAUCGUCAUGGGUACGUCAUCGAACAAGAGAUUGCUGUUGACGGAAUUGUGGGACAAACCUUUCGCYAAAAGACCCGUUUCGCCUAGUACAAGUGACAAUAACGUCUACGAGUCGACCGAAGUUCCACUGAAUGAAAUCAAUUCGUCAUUUGGAUCGUCGUUUGAAGAAGUUGAAGAUUCAUUGUCGAGUUUUAGUGACAGUGAUUCAACUCAUUCUGAAAAGACAACUUAUAACAAUAGACAACAAAAGAUCAAACGGUCUUCGAAAGCCAUAAGAACACUGAAACAAAGAUACAGAUAUUCUGGUACUUAUCAAUGGUCGAUGACAGCACCAAUGCGUUGCAAUCAGGACAAUCAGAGAGAAUACGAAGAACGCUGUUUCAGGCAAAUCGUACAUCAGUUGUUACAUCAAAAUAGCAAUACGAACACGGAAUGCAGCCGAGUGUUGAAUACUACCAACAACCCUGUUAUUGAUAAUGGUCAGCGAUCUGGUGGUUAUUUCGUAAGACUCGAAACCGAACUACUAUCGAAAAUCGACCCGAAAAAUGCUCAAAGACCGAUGAGUACCAUGGAGACGAAAGGUGUGCAAUCGAAAACCAAGCUAAAGAAAACACUCAAACCGCCUAGUUCUUAA